GCCAUUAUUGUGCGACACAGACAGUUUCAGCAUACGCAUUUAUGUGUAACACAUGCUCAGAGGCGAAUAGACAAUGGAUCUUUUGCAGUCAAACAAGACGAUCAAACUGAAACCACGCGAUUUCAACGACUUGUUGACAUGUUACUUGUGUAAAGGUUAUUGGAUCAAACCGACUACAGUUGCUGAAUGCCUACACACGUUUUGUCGAAGUUGCAUUGUGCAGUAUCUGGAUGACACGGAGGAGAUUGUGUGCCCGCGAUGCUUCACGGUCAUUCACGAAACCAACCCAACAGAAAUGCUGAGACAUGACCAAACAUUGGAAGAUAUCAUAUUUAAACUCGUUCCUCAUCUACAAGAGAAUGAAAAACAACGCGAGUAUGAAUUCAAUCGUGCUCAAAAAAGAAAGAAAAAUAUCGAAACCGCAGUGGACAGUCAACCAUUUUGUAAACGACAAAAAGAAGAAAGAAAAACAGAACAAUUCAAUGAUCAUCGCAACGAUCCUCAAAUCGCAUUUUGUCUGGAUUGCAUCGAGUAUGUCCUCAUUAUUGAAAUAUUGCUUCAGUUCAUCAAGCUACUCCGUCAUGGAUCUGUUGCACCAGUUGCUAAUCGUGGCUUUCUUUUUAGUAGCGAUGAGGUUUCCUGCAAGUAUUUUCAACCGUUGGCGAAGAAAUUCAUCAAAACAUCAAUUAGAUUGACCAUCGGACACCUAAAGAAAUAUCUUCGUUUGAAAUUGAAUCUUCCCAAUAAGAAAGAGGUUGAUAUCUUAUGUAACGGCGAGAUUAUGGGAAAGGAUCACACGCUUGAGUUCAUUUACAUGACGAGAUGGCGAUUAAAGAGUGAGCAUCUCCUGACACUGCAUUAUCGACCUCAAGAAGUCAUUCUCACGUAAAGUUCAAACUUCAACGAAUUUCUACGAUUUGAAAAUGGACAGAUGGAACUGGAUAGAAUAGGUUUUUUUUUAUUAUAUUAAUAAGAUUAUAUUAAUAAGAUAUGUAAUGUGUAAAUAUUGUGUUCCAGUGCAUUUAAUUGUUGAAUAUACAACGACGUCAAUGUUUUA